AUGGAAGGGUUUUAUGGUCUGGAUGAGUCUGACCUGGACGAGGUGUUCCAGCUCCCCACCACCACCUUCAUCGGGGGCAGCGAGAGCGUUCUGCCCCUCAGAGAGAUCAUAAGCCGCCUCGAGAUGGCAUACUGUCAGUCUAUUGGGGUAGAGUUCAUGUUCAUUAAUGACCUGGAGCAGUGCCAGUGGAUCAGACAGAAGUUUGAGAGGCCAGGUGUCAUGCAGUUUACCCUGGAGGAGAAGAGGACCUUGCUGACCAGAAUGGUUCGAUCCACCAAGUUCGAGGAGUUCCUCCAGAGGAAGUGGUCAUCAGAGAAGCGUUUUGGUCUGGAGGGCUGUGAGUCUCUCAUCCCGGCCCUGAAGACCAUCAUCGACAAGUCCAGCAUGAACGGAGUAGAGAGCAUCAUCAUGGGCAUGCCCCACAGGGGGAGGUUGAAUGUGUUGGCCAAUGUGAUCCAUAAGGAGCUGGAUCAGAUAUUCUGUCAGUUUGACUCCAACCUGGAAGCUGCUGAUGAGGGUUCUGGAGAUGUGAAGUACCAUUUGGGGAUGUGGCACCGUAGGAUCAACCGGGUCACUGAUAGGAACAUCACGCUGUCACUCAUGGCUAACCCCUCCCAUCUGGAGGCUGUGGACCCCGUGGUGCAGGGCAAGACCAAGGCUGAGCAGUUCUACUGUGGAGACACAGAGGGAAAAAGAGUGAUGUCCAUCCUGCUCCAUGGUGAUGCAGCGUUUGCAGGCCAGGGGGUUGUCUACGAGACCUUCCACCUCUCUGAUCUGCCCUCCUACACCACCCACGGCACUGUCCAUGUGGUGGUCAACAACCAGGUUGGUUUCACCACUGACCCCAGGGUGGCGAGGUCAUCAUCCUACCCUACAGACGUGGCCAAAGUGGUCAAUGCCCCCAUCUUCCACGUCAACGCUGAUGACCCCGAGGCCGUCAUGUACGUGUGUAACGUCGCCGCCGAGUGGAGAGCCACCUUUCACAAGGACGUGGUGGUAGACUUGCCUCUGUCCCUCUCUCUGCCUCUGUCCCUCUCUCUGCCUCUGUCCCUCUCUCUGCUGCUGCCCCACGGCAUGGAGGGAAUGGGACCAGAGCACUCCUCGGCCCGACCAGAGAGGUUCCUGCAGAUGUGUAACAAAGACCUAGAUACCUACCCUAUAUUCUCUGCUGAGGAGUUUGCAGAGCGUCAGCUGUAUGACUGUAACUGGAUCAUAGUCAACUGCUCUACACCGGCUAACUACUUCCACGUCCUCCGUAGACAAAUACUACAGGCCUUCAGGAAGCCUCUGAUAGUCAUUACCCCCAAGUCUCUGCUGCGCCACCCAGAGGCCAAGUCAAGCUUUGAUGACAUGCUGCCAGGUACCCACUUCCAGCGUCUGAUCCCAGACAGUGGUCCUGUGUGUGAGAACCCAGAGGCGGUGAAGAGGAUUGUGUUCUGUACUGGGAAGGUCUACUAUGAACUGAUCCGAGAACGCAACAACAGAGGCAAUGAUGAUACUGUGGCCAUUGCGCGCAUAGAGCAGCUCUCUCCGUUUCCGUUUGACCAGGUGAAAGUGGAGACAGAUCGUUAUCCUAAUGCUGACCUGGUGUGGUGCCAGGAAGAACACAAGAACCAGGGUUACUAUGACUAUGUCAAACCCCGCCUACGGACCACCGUUGACCGCACCCGCCCCGUUUGGUAUGCUGGUCGUGGGCCAGCAGCAGCUCCAGCUACAGGGAACAAAGCAGCUCACCUGGUGGAGUUACAACACUUCCUAGAUACAGCUUUUAACCUGGACGCAUUUACUGAACAGGCCUAACACACUUAUACACUACACCCUAACCCCUAUACCCUACACCUUAACCUUACCUCACCUGGUGGAGUUACAACACUUCCUAGAUACAGCUUUUAACCUGGACGCAUUUACUGAACAGUCCUAACACACUUAUACACUACACCCUAACCCCUAUACCCUACACCUUAACCUUACCUCACCUGGUGGAGUUACAACACUUCCUAGAUACAGCUUUUAACCUGGACACUUACACUUGAAAGUCUUAGAAGACUGAUACCCUACACCCGAUGUACUAUACCCUACUCAAUACACCCUUAUACCCUCGGCCUCCACUCCACUCUACCUGCUGGAGUUAUACGCUUUUUAACUAGAUGCAUAUACUUGAAAGUCUUAACACAGGGAUAUCCUAACCCCUAGACCCUGGCUACACCCUACCCUUACCUCACUCUGCUGAAGUUACACCGCUUUUUAGUCAGGUUUUCACCUGGAUGCAUACACUUGAGAAUUUAGCUCGUCGUCGGAUGAUAAAUGACCGGACCAAGGUGCAGCGUCAUAGGCGUACAUUCUCUCUUGAUUUGAAAACGUAACACCGGGAAAAAACAACGAACACAAACCGAACGUAAAGCUAGUCAUGCAUAAAGCAACAAACAAAGAGAAGAUCCCACAACUGAAGGUGGGAAAAAGGGCUGCCUAAGUAUGAUCCCCAAUCAGAGACAGCGAUAGACAGCUGCCUCUGAUUGGGAACCAUACCCGGUCAACAAAGAAAUAUACAAACUAGAAUGCCCACCCAAAUCACACCCUGACCUAACCAAAUAGAGAAAUAAAAAAUCUCUCCAAGGUCAGGGUGUGACACUCACUUAAACCCUACACCCUAACCCUUAUCCCUAAACCAGCAUACACUGGAUCGUCUGCUAUAGAAGACUUCCGCGAUACGCACACUGACUGACCAUAGGUCCUCUUGAACUGUUGAAUCAUGGGGGACAUGUCCAUGGAGUCAGACAAACAAUGGACCCAUUUUAUCAACCAUACAAAUACUUUUGUACAUUUUCCUCUCUCUCCAUCUCUCCCUUCUCAUUCUCUUUCUUCUCCAUCCCCAUUUUCACCCUCCUUCCUUUAUUCUCCCCACUCAUCCCCUUCUCUUUUUUUCUCUCCUCUUGACCAAUCACUCUCUCCCUCUGUUUUCUCCUCCUCUCUUCUCCUCCCUCUCUUCCACCUCCUGUGCCAAAUGUAAACAAGCUGUUAAGAGAUUACUGGAUGAGAAAUGACUAGUAUAUUAUUAUACUAUUACAUUAUUAUACUAUUAUAUUAUAUCAAACAUUGUAUAAGAUACAGUAGUAACUUAUGAAGAGAUGAGGUGAAAUUGUCUACUGGUCUG